AUGGAUGAAGUGAUAAAAGCUCUCAGAACUGUAAAGCAAGCUGCAGGGGGUGCAGAAGAAACUGCGGUGGCUGUCUACAAGAAGGCUGAUGGUGCUAAGAAAGCUUCAGAACAGGCGUUAAAAGCCGCAAAGACUGCGCAAAGUGAGGCUGUUGGGCUUCAAAAUGAAGUUCUAGCUGGCGUUGAUCACAACAAGGCUGUUAAAGUUCAAGAAAAAGCGGGGACUGCUGCGUCAACUUCUCAGAAGGCAAAGGAUCUCCUUAGUACGGCGGCAGGAUUGUCCCAAGAGACAAAGAAUGCAGCACAGGAAGCGCUUCCGACGACCUCGAUGAUCACAAAUUAUGUUAAGGAAGCAAUAAAGUUAUGGGAAGGUUCAGUCCCACAGCAAGUAAAAGAUUUAUUGACACUCGCAGAAACGAGUGAGGCUGGACUUGAUGGCGCGGCGAGCAAUGCAACUUCUUCUUUGAGUGAAGCGACGGCUGCUCAGGAGAACGCAAAGACUGCAGAGUGGCACGCCAAGCAGGUGGUGAAUGAUGCUCGUAUGAUAGCGGGCAUAACAGAUAGCAGUGGUGCGGGUCGUACAGAAAGAAAUAAAGAGAAUGUAAAGAAGGACGCUCAGGCGGCAGGACUACACGCCGAUGAGGCGCUGGAAAAAGCUAAAGCUGCAGCGCAAAAAGCCACAACUGCGUCUCAGAAAGCUGAAAAGGCGGCUGAAGCCGCUGGAAAAAUGGUGGAGGCUGCAGAAGCCGCGGAAGGUGCUGCUCAAAAAGUUAGGAAACUACCUAAAAAUCGAAGUGUGCCCCAACACAGCUCUCAGAAAAACGUUCAUGCACCACUGCAGCAAGACAGACAGGGCAUCGAGGAGCCUCCUACCGUCGCAGUAAAUCAGGCAAAUAAAGAAGGUGCUGCUUCUCCUGAUUUACCAAAUGAACCACGUGCUGUAGAACAGCGCCAAGUGAUACCAGAAGGUAAGAAAGAAGUGGAAGUACCUAACAAUACUCCUCUUGCAGCCGCUUCUCAAACACCGGCAGAAGGAAAGGACAACACCCGAACACUUCCCCCUGCAGAUGCACCCAACGCAGCCGAUGCACAAGCCCCGCCAGCCGGUGAUUCAGAGGCAGCCGUCGUGCCUAAUGGUCUUUCUUUAACCGAGCCCACUGAAGCCACCGCAACGUCUGAUGAACACACUGGGGAGACAUCCUCUCCAGCCAGCGAUGCGCCUGAGUCUCCGCUGCUUCCACCGAGCAGCGUUGUGAGUGCCGCGAUGGGUGAGAGUGGCGGCACAGACGGCAGCGGCAGCGCAGGGUGGAUGUGUGCGCCGUCACUGCUGUUGCUGUUGGGUGCAUUGAUUGGCUGCUCGGUUUUCUGA